CAGGCAGCAGCAGCAGGCGGGCACAUCAGCAGCAGCAGCAGCAGCAGCAGCAGCAGCAGCAGCAGAAGAGCAUCUUCCUCAUCCUGGUCUCCAGUGUCUUCUUCAGCUGCCAGUCCUCUCUGUGCAUCCCCGACUGAGGUUGAUCCACUGCCCGGCUGAAGUGUGCAGAAGCCUCCUCCACCAACCCAUCACCACCAACACACACUUUCUCUCCGGGUUAUUCCUAGCUCAGCCGCCGAGAGAGAGACUGUGUCCUUCCGGUCCUCCUUCUCUCUCUCUUAUUUAUUUAUCCUCAGUUUCUUGAAUAUUUCAUGGAAAAUGGCGAUCUGCGCGCAGUCGUACGGUAUCUUCUGCCUCUUCACAAUGCAAACUGUACUUAUCAUAUGCGUCUCCACGCCGACAGACGGGACCCACCUCUUCCCACAACACUACACAAUGAUUCACUGGGCCGGACGCAUCGAGAAGGAGCUGGAAAAGGUUCUGCAGCACGUCACCGGGACUCAGCAGAUGAGAUCGAUUUAUAAUGAGAAGAAGAGCCAGUUUGAAAUCAAGAGAAACAACCCCAAGGACUUGGUGGAGAGAGUGGCACGGGACAUCUCCAAGCUGCUCAACAGUAAGAGGAAAGCCCUGGAGAAACUGGCCUGGGAGGCGGAACAGCUUCAGAAGGAGCAUGAAUGGCAAGACGGUGUGACGGAGAAUGCCAUUUCAUACUACGAUUCCAAAGCGGAUUCAGACUAUACGGAGGAUGGAGAAGAGGAGAACCCGCUGGAGAGCGCGACGUCUCUGGAGCUGGAGUUUGUGGACGAUCCCAAUUUUAAAAACAAGGUCAACUACUCUUCCAGUGCGGUCCAGAUUCCUACAGACAUAUAUAAAGGCUCCCCGGUCAUCCUGAACGAGUUGAACUGGACCCAGGCGCUGGAGAGGGUCUUCAUUGAAAACCGCAAGGAGGACAGCUCUCUGCGCUGGCAGGUGUUUGGCAGUGCCACAGGAGUGACUCGAUACUACCCAGCCACUCCAUGGAGGGCUCCUAACAAGAUUGACCUGUACGACGUCCGCAGAAGACCUUGGUAUAUCCAAGGUGCAUCGUCUCCAAAGGACAUGGUCAUCAUUGUGGACGUGAGUGGAAGUGUUAGCGGACUCACUCUGAAGCUGAUGAAAACCUCCGUGGUGAAGAUGCUGGAAACUCUAUCAGAUGAUGACUAUGUGAAUGUGGCCAGGUUCAAUGAGAAGGCCGAUGCUGUCGUUCCAUGCUUCAGGACUUUGGUCCAAGCCAAUGUUCGGAACAAGAAGAUCUUCAAGGAGGCCGUCGGGCAUAUGCAAGCCAAAGGAACCACAGAUUACAAGUCUGGCUUCACGUUUGCCUUUGAACAGCUUCUCAAUGAGAGCAGCGCCCCGAGGGCCAACUGCAAUAAGAUGAUAAUGAUGUUUACAGAUGGCGGGGAGGAUCGUGCGCAGGAAAUCUUUGAGAAGUACAACUGGCCCAACAAAACGGUGCGUGUGUUCACCUUCUCUGUUGGACAGCAUAAUUAUGAUGUCACCCCUUUGCAGUGGAUAGCUUGUGCCAAUAAAGGUUACUACUUUGAAAUCCCAUCGAUCGGAGCCAUCAGAAUCAAUACCCAGGAGUACCUGGAUGUCCUGGGUCGGCCCAUGGCGCUGGCUAAGAAUAAAGCAAAGCAGGUGCAGUGGACAAACGUCUACCAGGAUGCUCUGGGUUUGGGUCUUGUCAUCACUGGGACGAUGCCGGUCUUCAACCUCACUAUUGAUACUGUGAGCUCUCAGAACCAGCUCAUCCUCGGAGUCAUGGGAGUCGAUAUCGCAAUCAACGAAAUCAAGAGGAAGACACCUACAUACAGACUUGGAGCCAAUGGCUACACCUUCGCCAUCGACCCGAAUGGCUACGUUCUGCUGCAUCCCAACCUGCGACCCAAAAUCAUUAACUUCAGGGAGCCUGUCACUCUGGACUUUCUGGAUGCAGAGCUGGAGGACAGCAACAAGGAGGAGAUCCGUCGACAGAUGAUUGAUGGCAAACCAGGGCAAAGGAAAAUCAAGACGCUCAUUAAGUCAGUUGAUGAGAGGUACAUCGACGAGGCCAUGCGGACGUACACGUGGACGCCUGUGAAUGGCACAGAUUACAGUCUAGGGUUGGUACUGCCCACAUAUAGUGAGAACCACAUCAAGGCCAACCUGAGUGACCAGAUCCUUCAGGUGCAGUUGCCAUACACCAAGGAUUUUGAAUCACUGCUGCCAAACAGUUUUGAGUCUGAAGGACAUGUAUUCAUUGCUCCCAGGGAGUACUGCAAUGAUCUGGAACUGUCCAACAACAACACUGAGUUCCUGCUCAACUUCAUUGCUCUCAUGGAGAAGGUGACACCGGACUCCAAACAAUGUGACAACUUGCUCCUUCAUAACCUGAUUCUGGACACUGGCAUCAUCAGGCAGCUGGUCGAGAAAGUGUGGAAGAAUAAAGACUUAAAUACGUAUGGCUUUCUGGCCGUGUUCGCUGCAUCAGACGGAGGUGUAACGAGAGUGUUUCCCAACAAGGCUGCAGAAACCUGGGAGGAAGACCCUGAGCCGUUUAACGCCAGCUAUUACCGCCGCAGUCUCGACAACAAGGGCUACAUCUUCCGAGCGCCUUAUCGAACAGCCCGGGACGAGCUGCUGAACCCAGAGAACGACACCAUAGGGAUCCUGGUCAGCACGGCGGUGGAGAUCACAGUAGGAGGGAAGACCAUCAAACCUGCAGUGGUCGGAGUGAAACUAGACCUUGAAGCCUGGACGGAUAAGUUUAAGAUUCUUGCCAGCAACCACACAGACAACCAUCAGGGCUCAAACACGUGUGGACCAAACAGAGGUUGUGAAAUGGACUGCGAAGCCAACAGUGAGGAUCUCCUGUGUUAUUUAAUAGAUGAUGGUGCGUUCCUAAUCAUGUCUAAUCAGAAGGAGGACUGGAACAAGGUUGGCAUGUUCUUCAGUGAUGUUGAUCCCUACUUGAUGCACGCACUCUACAAUAAUUCCUUCUACAACCGCAAACAGUCAUUUGACUACCAGUCUGUGUGUGAACGGAUGCCCAAUAGUGAAGCUGGAGCUGCACCCAGAGGAGUGUUUGUGCCCACAAUUGCAGAUUUUGUAAACGUGGCUUGGUGGACAUCAGCAGCUGCAUGGUCCUUGUUCCAACAGUUUAUGUAUGGACUGGCUUAUCACAGCUGGUUCGUCACAGAUGAGGUGGAUGCAGAAGGAAUCGACUCCUCCAAAGAGCGGAGUUGUGUAAUGAUCCAGACGCAGUACUACUUAAGUAAUCUCAGCAGCUCCUACAACAUACUGCAGGACUGUGGCAACUGCUCCAGGCUGAUUCAUGCCAAGAAGAUAAACAACACCAACUUGCUGUUUGUGGUGGCAGAGAAGAUGCCAUGCAACACCUGCGAGAUAGAGAAGCUGUCCCAGGAGGAGGAGGAGUUCAAAGAGGAAAAUCCAUGUGAAGAAAUGGCGGUGGCACGCUAUCGAAAAGGACCCUCCACCUGCUUUGACAAUAACAACACUGAGAACACGUCAGACUGUGGACGGGGACACUCCUUCAGUCCGUCUCUCUACACCUUACUGCUCAUUCAGCUGCUCCUGCUUUAUCCAGCCGUCAGCCCCCACUUCCACUCUCUACUACAUUAAUUACAUUUUCCUCCACUUAUCCUCCUUUUAGCCCUCCCGACCCUAGAACCCUCCGACCCCAACUCCGACCUCCAUGCCCCUCUGCCCCCCCCCACCCCACACCCCCGAUAUAGUCAUAGGUAAUAAUGGGACUUCCCUUCACGGCUGGUUGGAAGCCCUGAGUGCCGCGCUACCCAGCUCGCUUCAGUUUGUGUCGCUUAGUGACAACUGCCGGACGUUUGCGUCCUCAGCCAGUUAACCUUCAUCUGCAGGAGGACUGGGUGGUGCUGGACCACCUGGAUCAUCAGAGGCAACGUCACCCGUCACCUGUCCACCCCCCAUGACCACCUCCACCAUCCGGAGAAGGGAGGGGAAAGAGGACAGGCCGAUGUCCUCGUCGCAGACCUCCCGCCUCAUACAGACUGGAGAGUUGAGGUCGUCUGUCCGUCAGACAGACGGUGGGACUUCUCCUUCUUUUUGUUCUCCUCCAUCUCAGAGUGUCGCCACUCUGUCAUUCGCCUCUCGUAAGAGGCCGUGGACCAUUCAGCCAGUUAUAGCCACCUUAAAAGAAAACAACAGACAAAAAAAAGAACUGUCAAGUAUACAACAUGUCAAGUAUAAACCGCUGAAGUGAUGAGUAUUCCAAACAUACAGUAUAUUUAGGCUUUGAUCUGAAAAGGAAAGUCGUUAGGUGUUUAUUUAAAAAAUAAUUAAUUUAUGCACUAUAUCUACUUGCCAAAAUGAGAUAGACUUUCAUGUGGUCUUAUUUUUUAUAGCCAAAACACGAGGAGGAAAAUGGCUUCUGAUUUAGAUUUAGGAUAAACCGCGAGAGGAAGAAACUAAACGCUGAUUCAUUUUGUUGCGGCGCCUAAUUGCAGAUUAAUGCUUUUAAAAGACGUCCACUGGGGAUUAUUGUAUUGACUCGAUGGUAAUCGCAUUCCUUGAAGUGUUUUUUCCUCAUAUUUAAAGCUAGCGCUAUCUGGAUCACACGCUAGCGACAGCUGUAAAAUAUGAAUCAGUGUUCGGUGACUGCAGAUUCAGAGCAUCGUUGAUGUCGUGUAUUAUUCUCCUUUGUCGAUCAAUCGACCAUUCUGACCUCUGGUUUUGGACUGAUGUUAAAAAAAAAAAAAAAAAAUCCCUGUGCUCUCUGAUGCGAAAGCUCACCUCUGCCAAUCCUCAUGAGGCUUCUCCAGUAACCUCUACUAACGCUCCUAAUCCCCAUUUGUAUAUGUGUGCUUUACUUCUGGUCCCACUAGACAGACACACAAAGAUCUCUGCCUCAUGACGACCGUCUCAUAGCGGGUGGGUUUUUUCUUUUUCUGUUUGUUUUCUGGGCUUGUAUUACCUUUUGACUGAUGCUGUUCAAAACUUCAAAACCAUUCGCUGCUGGGGGAUAGGGGCUUAUCAACAUUUCCAGCAAAAGUGCAGAAGAGGCAACUAAAUAUGGUGAUCACGUACAGUAGUAGUCUGGUUGUAAUCCGUCACAGCUCAUCAUUUGAUCAUUACGAUGUUUAGGAGCCGCUCUGUUUCAUAGUGCCUUGAUGCACUUUGUUUUGGACCACAUCGGCUGUAUAAGAGUAGAGCUACUGUAUAGUACCUUUAUAGAGCAGCCAUCUUUGAGGCUUUGGAUAACGCAGGAGCCUGUGAGACUGAAUCUGUCGGCUAUAGAAAAUAGCUUUACACGGAGCCAUCGCACUGACCGGCUCUAGCUUAAUGUAUUUACCCUCUCGGCUGUGGUCGCUCCAGAGCCACCUGACUGCCAUCAUAUGGAGUUACUAUACCGUUCCUUUACUAAGCCAUGUAUAGAGCUAUGAUCCGUAUACAGCGACUUAACUGGCCAUAGAGCAUUUUUAGGGCCACCUGACUGCUAUAGUUCUGCCUGAAUCGUAUGUGUUUGUGUGUGGAUGCGUGUGUGUUGUUAGUUUGCGUUAAAAACCCUCAAAGGGAAAUGUCUUUAAAAUGAGUUGUGGAGUGUGUGAGGGAUGACAGUUGUGGUAGGAAUAGCUGUUUUUUCUUGUUCAUAUGUUGCUAACGGACAAAAACCCAGUGUUGUCGUGGAUGAAAAAAAAAACGGGAUUUCACUGAAACAAAAAGAAUCCGUCUUUAACCAUCAGUCUGCCUAAAUGUUAAUCUAAAGGGAGCAGAGGAAGAAUGUGUAGUUCAUCAGUGUUUUCUGCUUCAAAUGCAACAUAGCUAACAAAGCCUCUCUAAAUGCCUUAGUGUUACACAGAGAACGGAGCUGUGAUACGUUUCCCUCCCUCAUGUACACUCACGUACACACACUGCUAAGUCCUCCCAAAAUAGUCACUCCCUGGGUUUUCUUGGUGUUCCGCAGUAAGUAUAGUGAGCUCUAAUUUUGUAUUUUUGCGUCUUGGAAUGGUUCGUUAUUGAUCGAUGCCUGUUUUGAUUAAAUGCUUGAAAGCCAAGUGGGAGUUUUAAAUUUCAAAAAGCCUCCGAACCUUUCGAUGUUCACGCCCACCCGAACCUCACCGUAUUGCUCAAGUGGGACGACGACUCACGCGACAAUUUGAACCUUAACCACACACUCUGUACAGUCGUUGGUACUAUUUGAUGUGACAAACAUGCUGGCACAGUAACUGCAGUGCGGCUCCGAAACAAAUCAGAAAGACUUUUAGAAAGUUUCAAUUUAAAAGUAUUAACAAAUUUGGCUCCUUUAAGUGUUGAGUAUCAUCUGAUGCCGGAUGCAGUUUUACUUUUCUGGCAUUUGUUUGUCUCUGUCCUGUGCCAUUUAAUUCUGUCUGUAUUUCCCUAUUUCCACCGUCUGUAAAUGAGCGCUACACGUGCCUGUGGAAAUGUACCCCCUGCAACUUCCUCUCUUUUUCCUGGCUCUAUGCGCUUACAGUCCUCACACACAAACUAAAUAUGUAGACCUACAGUUUUUUUGCACCUGCACCGAGACAUUAUGCACAACACACCUAUAAGCGAACAUGUAAUGACACGUAUUUAUGCCCAGCUGGGAGAUGUCAAGCACCAGGCAGAGGUAAGCCAAGGACGUCACUUCCCGGGUGUUUUUUUUGGCGAGCGGGUGGAAUGUCAGAGGCAAGCUCAGGGAGUGGGUCUCCACAGAGCAGCAUGGGCCCGUCCAACAGGAGGUCAUGGAGGAAUCAUGUAGUGACCUCUGUGUGUGCAUCCCGACGGGAAAAAAACGUCUUCUGAGGGGACCACACGUCUGAUUUCUGUGGUUUGACAAAUUUACUUUUGCCAAAAAACAAAACGAAAAAAAAAAAAGAAAAUUGGACCAGCUUGGGGAUGAUGAGAGGGAGGGGUCAGCUUUAGGACAGGACCCUAAAAUAAGUAGGGGAUGGUUUUCAUAAAGCCUCUCGCCCCCUCCCGACCCUCGCUGCAUCUGUGUUGGUGCGUCUCUGUGGGAAAGACACGUGUGUAUGUGAUUCUGUAGUCUGUAGUCUGGUGCUAUGUGACCAUGUUUGACAAGUGUGUAAAAAAAUAACAGCAACAUUUAGAGAAAAAAAAAAAAGAGUAAAAUCAGUCGAAUUUUAAGUGACGUUAUAAAAAAUAUAGGAAUUCAGCACUGUUGAUAAGUUUGAGAUCUGAAGUCAAAAUGUUUUCAAUUAUUUUUUUGUUUUUAUUUUCUUGUGCGUGUGUGAGUGUGAAUGUUUGUGUGCGUGGAAGAUUUAGCUCCUUCUUUUCUGGGCACUGGUCCAUGUCGCUCCAUUCUUUUGUACAGAUGAAGCUAAAAAAAAAAAAAAAAAAAGAAGAGGGCAAAAUUUGUAAAAUAUUGUGUCUGUGACUCCUUGUAAAAUAUUUUCAAAUUGUUUAUUACAGAGAAUCAGUUAUUAAAUAAUGUUCAUAUUUUUCACUUCA